CUGAACCGUUCCUAGCAGCCAUAUAGGAUCAUGUUAAGGUCAUUUUAAGUGAGAAAAACCUACCAUCGCUGAGCUAAUGCAAACUAAAACUGAUGAUAAAUCACCUGUGGGAGCCAGCAGAGAUAAUAAUCAAAGUGUUUAAGAUGGAACAAGGUUGUUUUUGUGUUACUGUGUUUGUACAAGUUCCUCCCAUGAGUAUAAACUCUAAUUUUUGGGAAACACCUUCUUAUCUGAAUACAUUUUUUUCCUCCCCCGCCAACUGCAAUUAACCCAGACUCAUCAGCUUGUGUGGGCGUCCCUGGACUUCUAGACCACUCCCCACCACUCGCUGAGGAUGUCCUGUUUCAUGUGUGUGUGUGUGUUAAUGAGAGAUGGGUGUGCUGAAACUCCUGGCCACUUGAUUGCUCAGAUAGCCACGAACAUCGGAGCUGGAAGGAGUCAUCUACACACAGAAAGCUCUCCGCUUUGCUCCAGAAGACAACGAAGGCCUCAAGAGGGACCUGCCCUCUUCUUCAUCUUCAGUGCACUCAUCAUCACAACAAGACCAUGAGCACCUCCGAGCACAACCGUUCAUUAGACUUCAUAAAUGGCACGCCGUGGUUUGUCUUCGAGUGCUCCAUCGACCUCGAUACAGACUACCGGCGCAUCGCCCUCUUCCUGCUCUACCUUUUCGUCUUCAUGGUGGGCCUCCUGGAGAACCUGCUGGUCGUCUGGGUCAACUGGCGUCGACGCCACACGGCCAGCGGCGUCCUCUUCUGCAUCAUCAACGUGAGCCUGUCGGACCUGAUGGUGAUCGUGAUCCUGCCCUUCUUCAUGAUGGAGGUCACCAUGGACAAGGUUUGGCUGUGGGGCCGCUUCCUCUGCAGGGUCACCAACCUCAUCUAUAUGAUCAACGUCUACAGCAGCACCUUCUUCUUGGCCUUCAUGACCCUGGAGCGCUAUCUGUCCCUGACCAGGCCCGCAUCCCUGGCAUGCUUCCCCGUUGCGAGAGGGCGCCGCUGGGCGCUCUGCGGAGGCCUGUGGUUGCUCUCCUUCUUUCUGGCUCUGAUAGAGAACAUCCACGUGGAUCUCCUGGAGUGGGACGAGCCAGGCUGUUACAUGCUGCCCGAGGACAACCACACCGAAUGGUUCGUCUCUGUGGCUUUACUCAGCCUCCUCUUCCAGUUCCUGGGCCCGGCCGCCGUCAUCAUCACCUGCAACGUGCUGAUCGCCCAAGCCGUUCAAACGACCCCGGACGUGCAGGGUCGACGGGAGGUGUGGCUGGUGCACGUGUACUCCGUGGUGUUUAUCAUGUGCUGGCUGCCCUACCACCUGGUCAUGUUCCUGAUGACCAUAGAUGACCUCAACCCUUACAUCUUCAGCUGCAACGCGGUGGAAUUCCUCUACUUCUCUUUCAGCGUGGUGCAGGGCCUGUCGCUUUUCCACUGCGUCGCCAACCCCAUCCUUUACAACUUCCUCAGCAAGAGCUUCCGCAACAACCUGAUCAGCUCUGUGGUGAACUGCAUUCCCAAAGAGGUAACCGCAGACCAGGCGGGAGCGGGGACCCAGCCCGACGCUCCAAACGGAGGCGGGGGAGGCAUGGGGAAGCAGAAGUUUAGUAACGCCAGCACCAGCCAGUCUGAUGUGGGAUCAUAAGAGAGAAGGUGAUGUAAGAAAAGAGUAAGCUGCAGGAGUGAGGGACGACGGAGGAGAAGAUUUGACAGAACUGAAUCCAAGUCUCGGUGCUUCAGAAUACCGGAGGCAAAGAUUGUAUCGUCUCACUCCGGUCAUAGACUCAUUGUGCUGUUUGUAAGAGAUCACCAUCCUCUCAUAAUCCUUCCUUUUUUUUUUUUUUUUAAAUCAUGUAUCCAACCGCAGCGGAAGGCAGGAAAUUCACAAGAACUCUAAACUCUCGUUUGCACAGGGGAGGAAGAGAUCCGCACCAGGAAUGCGUGUAAACAAAUCUGUCUGUCUGUCCAGCGCCAUAUUAGAGCAAUCAUCCUCAUAUCCAUAUAAAUAUCUUACAAGUGUGAAAAUGUAACUGAAUAGACCACUGUCUUACUUCAUAACGAAUCCAACAGAUCUAACAGUUGGAUCAAGUCGCCUGAUGCUUAUUUAUCUGUUUACUGGUUGCUGCUGUCGUCUAGUCUGUGCUGUAACUUAGUUACCUGUUAACAUGCAAUAAAACUCCCUCAAACACUGUUUGUAUCCAUUUAA